ACAACUUAUAAAUUUUUAGUUCUUGAUAUACGACAUGGAAAAGCAAAGACCAAGUCCCUUGUUGUUGUUACUCUCUGCCACCCACGUGUAAAUCCUCCCCUAAAUCCCUUCCCUUCCCCUCCGCCCACGUGUCCGGCUUUUUCCCACCAAGAGAGAAACGCGCUCUCUCUUCGAUAAACACUCUUCCCUGAAAUUACUCCCACAACGCAUGUUUGCUGCUUUUCUUCUCAAAUAUCAUUAAUGGAUUCCCAAAACAUCAAACACCGUACCAGAGACACUGAGGAACCUGACACCACCACCAAGAACGGAGACAUGAGAACAAAGCGUGACAACAGAAUGGCAAUGGCCAAACGCGGUAUCAGAUCGCUAGCCAUAGCAGUCGCCUUCCCUCUCGCUUUGACCCUCUUCAAUAUCUACUUCUUUGGCUCCAGUAACGGCUAUGGCAACGUAUCAAAACCUUUUUGGUUUCCGCCUAUGUGGGCUCUACACUUUACCUGCUUAGCUUCCAGCUUCCUGAUGGGUCUCUCCGCUUGGCUCGUUUGGGCUGAAGGAGGGUUCCACAAAGAACCAACGACUGUGUCUCUCUACAUGGCGCAGCUAGGUCUGAGUUUAGCUUGGAAUCCGAUUGUGUUCCGGAUGGGAGCCACUUGGGUUGGUUUGGUUGUUUGCUUGGCUAUGUUUGGUGCUCUUGUUGGAUGUUCUCGCCAGUUCAAAAAGGUGAAUCCGAUCGCUGGAGAUUUGGUUAAGCCUUGUUUGGCAUGGGCUACAGUUUUAGCCAUUGUAAAUCUAAAGCUUGUUUUUCUUUGAAGUCUUGAAGUACAGGGUAGAGGAGAUUGUUGUUGAGAGACGAUACUUUCAUGGUGCUUUUGUAAACUCGUCACAGCUUUACAUGCUUUUAUUAAAUAGAUAGUUCCUGUAAAAGGUUUUCUUUCUUUGUUCUUUUAUUUUUCUUUUUUUUUCUUUUUAUUUGUAGUUUUCGUGUUCUGGCCUUUAUUGUCAACUUGUGAUUAGCGAGGAUUCCAUCUUUCUAUUGUAAAAAGAUCUUAGAAGUAUGUUAUAAAAAGUUUGGAAAGACAUUUUCCUUUCAUAUGGAUGCAUAGUUACAUGUAUUAACAUCUUCCAUAUGCAUGAAGGAAGCGAUGUAGAAGCAGGGGAGAUUACUCUUUUGAUACGAACGCCAAGAAUCUUAAUUAUGGCAUCUUAGUAUUCUGGAGUCUGAGAUAAGGGUUGUUUUUUCCCCUCUUCCGAUGAAUACUAGUUUGAAUCUAAAAAGGUAUCUGAAAAGGCAAUGUGGCUUACGAGAAUGCAGAUGCAGACGAAGAUGAAAAACACAGAAGCCGGUCAUCGUGUGCAGAUCCUCUGUAGCUACAGUAUCAGGGUUCAUCUUCCGUUAUUCUUGCAUAUUCAAAUAUGCAUAUCGGGUAAGGCCUCUAUUGUGCUGUUCAAGUAAACAAGCAGAUAAAGAAUCAUUGUUGUCAUCUACAUAUGUACAGCACACAUGCACAAAUCAAACAAUACAAGCAAAUUGAUGUCCAAAAUUCAGCUAAAUCUUUUUAUGGCAAUGAUGGUGAUAUCAUCGAACAACUAAAUUUUUAAUUUAUGAAUAAUAUAUGAGUUGGACUAGAUUCCAGAGGCAAAGAUGCCAAAGGCUAAAGGGAUGUCGAUGACGGCUUUGUUUAAACAGUACGCUAGGUAUUUGUUU